AUGUCGCAAUCAGGUGGCAACACAAUUGCCGAAAUUUACAAAGGAGUGAUUCAGGAUGUUAUUAGUCAAGUUAAAGAAGCAUUUCUUGAUGAGAAUGUGGACAUAGACGUGCUCUCGCAACUGAAAAAGGAAUGGGAGGACAAAGUGAUAGCAAGUGGAUGUGUAGAUAUGGAACCUCGGCAUCAAGCUCAUCAAGUAGCGCCUCCUCCAAUGCGUACCCACGUGAUGCCUCCACGAAUGGGUACUGUAACACAAGUUCGUCUUCAAACUGCUCCGCAGAUGGUCUCGCAGUCGCACUCGAAUAUGAUGAAUCACAUAGAGCAGAAUAGACCAAUGCAAAUGCAAUAUGUGCCACAGCAAGGCAUGCAGCAGAUUCAGGUCCAGCAAGUACAACACGGCAGAAUGCCUGCUAAUGUGGCUUUCGCCCCUCAGGGAAGCGUUCGGAUGGUACAGACAAUCCAGCCCCAACCCGGCCAACAGUAUGUCAUUGCACAAAGUGGCCAGCAACUCGGACCUGGUGUCAUGUUUCUUCAGCAAGCUAAUGGGCAAUCGAUACCUGUGACCGUAAGUCCGAAUGGUGUGUUGCAGCCUCGCAUCCAGCAGGGUCAUGGAGGCCAUCCAUUACAUCAGCUGGAUGGAAAUGGAAUUUUUGUUGAAGAAGAUGAUGUGGAGGCGCCUUGCUCAUCCAAGUCAAUCACCCGAGGUCAGAAAUGUAGUGCUAAGAAAAAGAAGGAUGUUUCAGAUGAAGAGGCAAUGAGGAUAGCUCGUAGCUUAUUAAAAGCAAUUCAGUUGGAUGGUGGAGGCGGCGGUGGCAUGUCGGACUCUUCCAGUGAGGAAGAAGAGGCUGAUGAUGACGACGAUCCUAUUCGUCGCAUUGCUGAUCGCAUCGGCGAUGGGCAAAUUGAAGAUGGUGAACAAGCGAUUGUCGAAGAGGAUCCGCUGAAUUCCGGAGAUGACCAGAGUGACGAUGAAGAUUUGGAAACACUGUUUGAUGCCGAUAAUGUGAUCAUGUGUCAGUUCGAGAAGGUACAUCGUGCGCGUAGCAAAUGGAAGUUCCAACUGAAAGAUGGCAUAAUGCAUAUCGAUAACAAGGACUACUGUUUCCAGAAAUGUAGCGGUGAAGCCGAGUGGUGAUCAGUUGGAAAAGCAUAUUUCAGACGGUUAUAUUCGGUGAUCAUUUUCCUGGAAUUAUUACAUGGUUGCUUUUUCCGUUAGUGUAAUAAGUUUGUAGAAUCAAGCAUAUUCGUAGUAAUGACGAGUUGAUAUCUGGGGAUCGAAUCGUAAUUUCACAUAGUUCUUCUCUAAAUCUUGUUAAUGAAUGCCUCCAACGAAUGCUUCCAUUCCUAACGCUCAAUCAUCUGAGUCUGAAAGUGUUCAAAGAGUUGUUGCCUUGUACAGUCCGCUGUCGUAUAGAAUGGUUUCAUUGAAUAGAUGUCACUUCAUUCAAGGAACAGAGUGGCUUUUAUCCUGAGAUCGUUACUUUAGCCUUGCUUCCAGUAAGUUCGUAAAGUCAUUUACCUCCGUUAUUCUGAUGAGUUGAAUGUAGUCUAAUGCUUGUCUGUUUCUUUUUUUGUACUCUUUUGUGGUUCAAGUGGGCUUGCAAUUGAAUCCGAUUAUCUAACUUGUCGACUAUUAGGUUGUGUACAAGACAUACUGCAAUUUUUGUCAUAUACCUUGCGUCUAAGGUAGCUGUUAUGUCUAGCAAUAGCUGGAGGAGGGAUUACGGUCCUGCAUCAUCUAUUUCCUAUUUUCCAUCUUUGUCUAUUUAUACCAUUCAAAGCGUAGAAAAAGCGUUAGUGAAAAUCAGCGUCGACCUAAGUAAAUUGUUGCGCGCUAUAUGAUUGGUAGAUACAGAUAUUCCCGUUUUCCUCUCUCAAAAUGAUUCGUUUCCACAUUUACUUUGUUUCAGAUUGAUACAUUUCUCCUUAGUAGUUCUGUCUUGAUGUAUGCAAAGUAACUACAUUCGGUUCUUUUCUUGUGAUAAUCAACGAGUUCAUUGGUAAAGUGGAAUUUAUAGUCGUUGUUUUGCUAUUGCUAAUAAAAUUUGAU